CAAAGUAGUAGGAUGCCACUAGAAAAUUCGCAGGCAUAGGAUGGAGAGCCAGAUCAUGUUGGGCAAGGAUAAUCGGAUUUCAUUGGGAAUGGCCUUUGACUGGCACUAAGAUUAAAUGGCUUGGUGACACAUACCGCUCCCAUCACAACUUGCUGCUGGAAUAGUUGGUCCAUAGGUGCAACGAUCCAUAAUGUGGCUUAUUACAGCUGACAUUCAAACAAGCCAAAGGGCUUGAAAUACUUGAACUUUAGUAAAACGGCUGUCCUUGGCUGCAGCCAACAUUUAAAGAAGACAUGUCAUUAUGGUGAAGGCAAGUCCCUUGGGAAAAUGCUUUUUCACUGGUUCCAGGCAGAGGCUUCCCUUGUUUCGCCACCAUUGAAUACUUCUGACGCUUCAUUUUUCAGAUGGCUUAUGUGAUCGCUGAGUUCGUUGAGGACAAACAGGUGGAGGUGGUGCCAGUGACCUGGGUGGAGGGUGACAAGUGUGCGUGGCCCGACAACCUCAAAGGCAACAGAGUGACAUCCUUAGUAAAGAAAUCUGUACCACCAGACACCUUCUGGAAGUGCUACAGCGUAGCAGUGAAAGGGGUAUUUGCAACAUAUGAACAAGCAAGGGCCAAACUUAAUGACAGCCAGUAUACAUCAGACCUGGGCACAGGAUCGGAAAUGUCUCAAGGAAAAAGGACAAGGAGGCCACCAGCUCAGUGGUCUGACUCGGAUGAGCCUGACACACCACCACCACCCAAGAAGGCCAAGCAAAGCUCCAGCAAGCAAAUUCCAGCUCCACCAAGCAACUUCCCACUAGGCCUCUCUUCUGCUUCUUCAGUGCAGCAAGACAGCUGUGAAGAGUCUGAAGAUGUGAACGACAUGCCGCAAGGUGGUGCAGGUGGCCCUAGUUCACACAGUGCAGAUGGCUCCAGAUCACACACUGCAGGUGGCUUGUGGUCACACACUGCAGGUGGCUCUAGCUCACACAGUGACCAACGGACUUGUGUACCCUCAGGUUCCCCUGACGAACUUUCAAACAAUAGCUUCAAGAAGCAUGUGCUCCGACUGCUCAACAUCGUGCGUUUUACGCAACAACACCAUGGGGAUUUGCUUGAAAAGUUGUGCAACAUGUAUGUAAAGCAGCCUCUUGGUGGAACUGGUCCACUCAUCGAGUGCCCCUUCCGCAGCUUGGAAGAUUUUAUGGCUUUUGAUGAAAGCCUGGACAAAGAGAAGACUGCGAGUUUGGUUCGCGAGUUCACAGACCUUGGAGGGAGAAAUGCCAGUGCAGCUACAAAGCGUAUUCUUGCAUACACCCUUCAUGAUGACCUGGCCACACUUUUUUCGUGGGUUGGCCGAAAGGGGAAGCUUAGUUUCUCUAGUCUGAAGACUACAGCUGCAAUUAUUGUUGCUGCAAGACGGAUGACAGAAGGCAGCACUAACGAUAUUGAAGACACCAUCAAAUCGUGGCUAAGGCAUGCUCCGGAAAGGGCCGGCAGCCAUAAGAAGCCAAGCGCUGAGGUCUGCCUGCCUCAAGAAUAAGUGGAGGCCAUUCCAUUGUAAAGCACUGCAGCUAUGACCUGAAGACUGCACAGGCAUCAGAGGCUGCUUGGUUGUGGGCGUGUGCAUCUGGUGGAACUUUGGGGAUCUGCUGGGCUACGCCAAGGCAUGUUUCGUGGACUAGAGGCAGCUACUCAGGGAUUUUUUUUUAACUUUGCACAAUGCAAUUGCAGAAUUUUUUUUCAUGCAUUGGAAGGAUUCUGCCUGUCAUCUGCAUUGUCAAAUCACUUGCAAAGUCAUGCUCUUGCUAGGCUCCAUCAAUAUGGUUUUGUGCAGAAUUUGUGUGCGAGAACUUUUUAUUGUUUUUGUUUUUUAAUGUCAUGGCAGUCUUCUGUGUUGGUGAAAUUGCUACCAUUGCAAAGCCAUGGUUUUCUGAAAUGCUGUUAUUCUGCUACUGUACAAAACUUGCGUGCGAAAUACUUACAUUAGGCGCAAGAUCUUUUUUACCUCAAUAUUUCAGAGUAUUUCUGUUUGUUCUGUAUGUGCAUCUACAUGUCCACCCAUUGUUAGCAUAAACACACCAGUGCAUGGUUCGUGCACAAUGCAGUGCACAAGCGGCAAAAACCACAUGCAUGUGUGAAACGCUAAGGCAGUGUAUUCCGUGGGAUCGUUGCCCAGAUUUCUCUGCACAGAAGCGGUUGGCUUGCCAGGAAUAAAUUUGACUGUUUUGCAGUCUUGCUCAUCUGCCUGAGACCUAUGCUCGCAAGGAGGAUCCUGAAUCCUUUGCUUGUAUCUGUAGGCCACCGUCGUAAGUGGCACAUUCACUGUUGCAUAAAUGCCACGCUUACUGUAGCCCUGCUGUGAAGUGUCCACAAUCUGUCAUCUUUGCAUGGCUGUGAGAAUCCCAGCCAUUUCCUUAGUGGCAAUUCAGAGGAACCCUCAAAAGACCAAAUAAAUAUGUUAGCUUUUUUAUCCUGCAAUUGCAGCUUGGACUGACCCCGACAUAUACGGGCAUCACUGAAGCAUGCUGUGCAUAAGUAUAGCAAACAAGCUGCUCCUGUUGCAUUAUGCUAGUGUCGUGUUCUGCCGUGCUCUAUCUGUGAAAUGAACACAUACUGGCCUAUUGUGUGAUAACGUCACUGUGGUGUACUAUUGUGGAAACACAUGCUGGUGUGUUCAUGCUACCAGUGGGCUAACCCUUGGACCUUACUGGAAAUAGUAAAGGCCAGCCACUCAUUGCAAAAAAUGCUGGACAGGCCUUUCCCUCUUGCCUUUUUGUGUGCUUGAUGGGCUGAGAAUCGCCUCCAUUGCAAAGACAUGCUUUUGUAAGAUGCUAUUAUUUUUCCUUUGUCCAAAGCACUUUUUGUCACUGGAUCUUGAGGGUUUUUCUAACCUCUGCCUUUAUUAUGCAUGUUGCUGCCUCUGCAAAGCUACCCCUUCGUGAGACCAAUAUUGUGCCUGUGUAAAAUAACUUGUGAGAGCUUUUUACUUUAUAUAAUUUUUAUGUCAUGGAAGAUUCCUUUUAUACUGCUGCUGCUGUAAAGCCAUACUUGUGGGACUAUUGUUGCGCAUAUGUAUAGACUUUUGUGCAAGAUACUUUUAGCAAGACUAAUUUUUUUUUUAAUGUUUGGUCAUCUGUGUCCUAUACUAUGAGCAUCUUGCUUAUAAAAGCAAGGAUGCGCUGUAUUGAAGUGCUCUUAGCGUGGUUUAGUACAGAACUUUUAUGCAAGAUACUUUUAUGAUAUAUUUUGUAUUAUGGGAGGAUUCUAGUCACUUUUGUGCAUAUGUAAGUUGCUUCCAGUGAAGUGUCAUUGUUCUUUGUACAAAAGAACUUUUCUGUGAAGUCUGAUGGGUACGUCUACAGUUUUACAAGGUAGAAGUGCUACCAGUCUAUAUGCAAGUUUAACAUCUAGUCAUUGAGCCAAUGAAACAGCCAGUUUGUUUUUGCAUCAUGUGCAUUGCUGUUGUUGCGAAGAUGCCAUUAUGUGCCUUUUUGCAAGAAAAUGUGUGCAUAGUCAUUGUGCCAGAUAUUUCUUGUUCUCUUGUACUGUUUGUUUAGUUAUAUUUGUGAUAUCACAGUUCAGGUACCAAUGCAGUCAGUUUAUUCUAGUCUUUUUCCUUUAUAAAGUGUAUGUACAUCACUGCAUUAAGUUGACAAUUAGAAUUUUUCUGUGUUAAGGUCACUUCAAGAAGCAUCUUUAGUUCUCUUCUGUGCCCCUGUACUGAUCUUGUCAAUGUUAACAUAUACUCCUGCUGGCAUCCUUUGUGAUUUUCAAUUUCUUGUGGGUCCUUAUGGGCAUUUCUUUAAUGUGUUCAGGCACAGGUUAUGUUUUGCUGUGCCAAGCACACAGGCAUGUUCUUACAGUAUGCUUUUUAAAUAAAGAUCCAAUGUUUCUGCA